AUGGACAUUAAAAGCGCCUACCAUAUCACUUGGCUGAAUUGGCAAGGGGACCCGUGUCUUCCAAAGCAAUUUGCAUGGGAGGGUCUCACUUGCAACUCUGACACCAAUCCCAGGAUCACAGCUUUGAACUUGAGCUCAAGCAAAUUGACAGGGGAGAUAAAUAUUUCAUUCUCAUAUCUUACAGAACUAGAAAUCCUGGAUUUGUCAAAUAACUAUUUAGAAGGACCUGUGCCAGAAUUUCUGGCAGAAUUACCCAAGUUAAAAUUACUUAAUCUCACAGGGAACAAGCUUUCAGGCCCAAUUCCUAAGGCUCUCAAGAAAAAGGCGGAUACAACUCUGCAAUUGAGUGUGACCGAUAAUCCUUAUAUUUGUAUGUCGCAUUCAUGCGAAAGGAAGAACUUUACAGCACCACUUGUUGCUUCAGUUUCAGCUUUAAUUGUAAUCAUUUUGGUUGCUCUUGGAUUUUGGAUAAUCAAGAGAAGACCGAAAGUUAUGCGUUCUGAUUCUCAAAAGGGUAGAUCAUUGAAAUCAAAACAUCGAGCAUUCAGUUAUAGUGAGAUUCUCAAUAUUACUGAAAACUUCAAAACUAUUAUUGGAGGAGGAGGAUUUGGAAAAGUUUACUUUGGCACUCUGCAAGAUAACACUGAAGUAGCUGUUAAGUUGCUUUCACCAUCAUCAAUGCAAGGUUAUAAGGAAUUCCGAUCUGAGGCACAACUUCUUAUGAUUGUUCAUCAUAGAAAUUUGGUCUCUCUAAUUGGGUAUUGCGAUGAAGGUGAUAUUAAAGCAUUGAUUUAUGAAUACAUGGCCAAUGGAAAUGUCCAACAGCACUUAUCAGUGGACAAUCCAAAUGUCUUGAAGUGGAAUGAGAGACUUAUUGUCGCAGUGGAUGCAGCACAAGGACUAGAUUAUCUGCAUAAUGGCUGUAAACCUCCUCUUAUCCACAGAGAUUUGAAGACUUCCAACAUAUUACUAGAUCAGAACAUGCAUGCCAAGAUUUCUGAUUUUGGUCUAUGCAGAGCUUUUGGUAACGAUAUUGAUUCUCAUAUAUCAACUCGUCCUGCUGGCACAGCAGGUUAUGUUGAUCCAGAAUUUCAGAGAACUGGAAACUCAACUAAGAAAAGUGAUAUCUACAGCUUUGGGAUAAUUUUAUUUGAGCUAAUCACUGGGCAACAAGCAGUAUUAAGAGCACCUGGAAGAAAGAUUCACAUCCUUGAGUGGGUUAUACCAAUAGUUGAAAGAGGAGAUAUUCAAAAUGUUAUUGAUCCAAGAUUACAGGAAGAAUUCAAUGUCAAUUCUGCAUGGAAAGCUAUAGAGAUUGCCUUAUCUUGCAUUUCACCAGUUGCAGCUGAAAGGCCUGACAUAAGUGAAACAUUGGCAGAGCUAAAGGAAUGUCUACCUUUGAGAUGGUUCAGAGACAAGCUGAAAGCGAAAUAA